AUGCGUAAAGCCCUAAGUCAAAAGCUGCUUCUUCCUCGACAAGAUCUCUGCUUCCUUUGCGCCUUUCGCUAUGCCCUCAGACCACCACCUGCCCAUCGGACUCCAGUAGCCCUACGACGAGCUUACCAGUCAUCCGCAACUUCUCGUCACCCCGGCGUUGCAGCUGCCCUCCGCGUCGAAGAUGAGGACGAUACUUCCUCUUCCCAUCGAGGAGAGUUACUUGGCUGGCGGUGUCAAUGCAAGCAUGUUAACAAACCCAGGAGAACCGACUGUACAGUAUGUACAACUCCACGGCCACAGAGACCACCGCUUGUUUACGAAGCAGACAACCCACCUCCUCCGCUGCCACCUCCUGUUGCCCCAUGGCCCACGCCACAAAGUAAACCCCUCCCCGGAUUAGACGGCAGGAGUCCGCCUCACUCCUCCCUCGCUUCGAUUGAUCAGUCGCCUGCCCGAUCCAGUCCAUCGGUCUCGGAAAAUGUUCUCGGGAUACUAGGAAGCGCACCCGAUCGAGGUAAUCGGCCCUUUGCGGAGAGAUUUGGGAAUAAUCAGAGUGGGAGGCGAGGAAGAUUUCAACAGUCUGAUGCUGCUUGGCCGGAAUCGCGAUUCAGUCGUAGGCCUCCAGUCGAGUCCAGGUAUAGGCAACAGAAUUCGUCUGAGUCGCGAGAUCCGGUUUCCAGAGAUCUGCCUUUCCCGGUUCGACGUGUGACCCCGCAAACUGAGGCACAUGUGAACCCUGGACGCUACCCUCCCCAGCGAGGAAGCAGGGAUGAAUCUUUUCCCCUCGCGUCCGAGAGACCCCCUCGUUUCAGAGAGCUGCAGAACAGGCCAGGUAGAGAUCCUGCUUUUGCCGGGCAGUCCCGCGUUGAAGGCUUCUCAGAACGUACUGGCAUUAGCCGGCCGCCGAUUUCUACUCAGCCCUUGCAGCAACCCGAGCUUGCCAGUAAGAGGUCAACAAAUCUUCAAUGGACCCCCAUGGGUGGUAGUGCCCCCAGAGAGAGGGAACUACGAGAUCGAGCCGCUAGGGAUGAAUCACGGGUCAAUUACCCACAUUCACGGAACGAUGAUCGUGUUGGUCAGAAUGAUCGAUAUGGUUUCGAAAAUCGCAGAACUUCUCAACGAGGCUCUGGCGAAUCUUGGUCUACCAGAGCCAGAACCGGGUCUCGAUAUGAACCUCGUGUUUUGUCAACCCCUGGCGUGGAAGCGGUUGAAGAGCCCGACCUCUCUGCCGAGUUUGAUGUGAAUAGCGUGGAGGUAGACAGCAGCGAUUACGACAACCUCAGUCAAAGUGCGCGUAGACGUGCCAUGGAAAAAGCCGCGAACCGCCGAAGUCGUGUUUACGAAAUCGAAGAAGCUGAGGAGCCCAUGCCAUCCUUCCGCAAUUCUUCCGUUCGAGGCCCAGAGAGCAGAGACCGAAGGAGCAGAAUAUCCCGCACGAUUGAUGACGAUGACGAUGACGAUGUUUACACGCCCAAAGCACUUCGUGUUUCGAAGAGCUCUCAAAAGAAAUCUUCUUGGGGCAAUAACCACGAGUCUGAGGCCUUUUCCCAGGGUGGAGUUCAGUCACGCAGCCGGCAACGGGUCAGCAACAAAGUCAAGGCUCAAAAGGGAGCUGCAUCACAUAGCGUGGUUCGUCCCGAAGUUCACUUACCCGAAUUUAUCAGUGUCGAAAAGUUAGCCCAGGCCUUGAAAGUCAGACUCGAUCCAUUCAUUGCUCAGCUAGAAGAGGAAGGAUUUGAGGGUGCAAGGUAUGAUCACAUCCUCGAUGCUAGCACUUCCGCCAUGUUUGCAGAUCUCUAUGGUUUCGAACCCAUCAUACACACUACCGAGGAUGGAAAAGAUCUUGUAGCGCGGCCCCUGCCAGAGGACAUGUCUGUCUUGCCGCCUCGACCUCCCAUUGUUACAAUCAUGGGACACGUCGACCACGGGAAAACCACCAUUCUUGAUUACCUGAGGAAAUCCAGUGUAGUUGAUUCUGAGCACGGCGGUAUCACCCAACAUAUUGGUGCUUUUUCGGUCACAAUGCCUGGGUCAGAACGGAACAUUACUUUCUUGGAUACGCCAGGACAUGCUGCUUUCUUGGACAUGCGUCGAAGAGGCGCCAACGUCACAGAUAUCGUCGUUCUAGUCGUGGCUGCGGAUGAUGGGGUGAUGCCUCAAACCAUUGAAGCUAUCAACCAUGCCAAGGAAGCCGGUGUGCAGAUCAUCGUUGCCAUAAACAAGGUUGACAAAGAAGAUGCCGAUAUUGAACGAGUCAAAGGAGAUCUCUCCCGACAUGGAAUUGUGGUCGAGUCUUACGGUGGCGAGUAUCAAUCAAUCCCGGUGAGUGGAAAGACUGGCCAGGGAAUGGCUGAUCUCGAGGAAGCCAUUACUUUGCUUGCAGACGUAAACGACUUUCGAGCCGAAAUUGAUGGGCCUGUUGAGGGCUGGAUCAUUGAGAGUAAGGUGACGGCUGCUGGUCGCGUUGCUACAGUACUUGUGCGUCGUGGCACUUUGAGACCAGGUAAUUUUAUCGUGGCUGGUAACACAUGGGCUCGCGUUCGCACGCUGAAGAAUGACUCUGGUCAAUAUAUUGAAGAAGCUCCCCCUGGAACUCCUGUCCAGGUCGAUGGGUGGCGAGGCACAGAUCCUGAUGCUGGAAUGGAAGUCUUGCAAGCCGAUAAUGAGCAUCACGCCAAAGAAGUAGUCGACCUCCGCAUUGAGAAAACUGAAGCUAUGCAAGCCACGACAGAGGUGGCAUCGCUGAAUCUUGCACGGACUGAAGAAGCAGAAGCCCGAGCCAAAGUUUUGGAAUGGGAGAAAGAGCAAGGCUAUCACCAACUCGGAUACAAGGCGAGACCUCAGGACAAUGAGGGGUGGGUAGAGAAAGCAUCUGCUGGUCCCCAACGAGUGCACUUCGUCAUCAAAGCUGACGUUGCUGGGAGUACGGAAGCUCUGGUUCAUGCUGUAAGCGCGAUAGGCAACAGUGAAAUCAUGGCGAACAUCGUCCAUAGCGGUGUCGGUGAGCUUACGGAAUCCGACAUCAAAAUGCUUGCAGCCACGGGCGAAGGUGGUUAUGCCAUCUCCUUCAACCAAUCAGUCGACAACUCAAUCAGACGACUGGCCGAGGUAGCUGGACUUCCAAUUUUGGACCAUAACAUCAUUUACAAAGUCACGGAUGAUGUCACGGAAAAGCUUUCGGCUGCGCUACCACCGAUCGUCAGCCAUCGUGUGCUUGGAGAGGCUGAAAUCGGACAGUUGUUUGAUUUCACAGUCAAGAAAAGGGUGAUAAAGAUUGCUGGAUGCAAAGUGACCAAUGGAACCAUCAGCCGGGCCCAAGCUGUGCGAGUUCUGCGGCAUGGUGAAGUCAUCUAUACUGGUAUGCUUGAAUCGCUGAAACACAUCAAGAAGGAUGUUACGGAAAUGCGCAAGGGGACCGAAUGUGGAAUGGCAUUUGAACACUGGGAAGAUUUCCAAGAAGGCGACCAGGUCCAAUGCUUCGAGGAGAUCAAAGAGAAGCGGACCUUGUGA